AUGAUAUUAGCAUCCGCAGAUGAAACUGAUGAUGAAAAUGAGUUCGAUGAUAAUGCAUCUGGACCAGAUGAAGAUUUGAUAGAUCAAAAUAUGAGUGGAGACGAUGAAGAGGAAGAGGCACAAGAGGAAGAAAUUUUUGAAGACCGUCUGGACGAUCUAUUGCUGUACGAAAGAGCCCGAAUUACUGUAGGAGAAAGUCUCUUAGCUAUUUUAAGUCUAUUUUUGCGGCACACACUGACAGGGGCAUGUCUUACAGAUAUUUUAAAACUCGUAGAAUUGCCCGGCACCGAAUUUAUAUGGCCUUUCUUUUUUACUAUUAACGAGCUUCCCAUCAAUAAGAGGAUGAAAAAAGAAAAUAUGAUAUUGGGAGGGUUAUGGUUUGGUCCGAAAAAACCAUUUCCUGCACUCUUCCUCAAACCAAUAUCUGAAGACUUGAUUGAACUGAAGAAUGGGGUAAAUUUUGAACUCCCCAGCUUAGACAAAUCGAACGAUACGCUCAAACAACUGUACGUAGCUACCCAUCCAAACAGCGUUUGGAUGCUCGCACCCAAGAAGAAAGGAAUGAUUUCGCAGCUCAAGCAGUAUAUUCGGAUGAGACUCCAUAUGGAAUAA